AUGCGUGGAGGAUUGCGCGCUUCUAUCAGGUUUUCUUCUCCCAGAGCUAUCGCCAGGGGCUGUGCAAGCCUUGGAGCUCUCGAUCGACCCCAGGGGCUUGAAAAUCCACCCAUGGCGCGCAAAUGCGGGGCGGAUUCCGGCCGUGCCAGGCAAAUCUACGCGCAGGUGAUCCAGAACAGGGCUGAGAUUGACGAUUUCAUUGCCGAGGAGCUCGUCCAGAUGUUCAUACGUUGUGGAUCUCUCUCAGACGCCGUGAAAUCGCUGGAUGAGCUGCGAAUCCAGAGCGUGGUCGCGUGGACUGCGACGAUCUCGGCAUUUGCCCGGCUGGGGCAUCGCGGCGAGGCAUUUUUUCUCUUCCACAGGAUGCUGCUGGAGGGUGUUUUGCCAAACAAGGUGAGUUUCAUAUCCAUUGCCAGCGCCUGUUCUAGUGAAGACGAGGCUGAUUUCCUCUGUGACAGGAUAGUCGAGCGAGAUCUUCAAAGGGAUCGUCUUGUCGGCACAGCUCUGGUAAAUCUCUAUGGCAAGUUCCAGAGGCUGGACGAGGCGUGGACGAUUUUUUGCGCGCUAGAAGGAAGAGAUCUUGUGUCGUGGAACUCCAUGCUAUCGGCGUUUAGCGAGCACCAGCAGUGGAGAAGGAGCCUUGAGCUUUUCAAAGCGAUGCUGCUUCAAGGUUUGUCUCUGGACAGUAUAACAUUCCUCGCAGCGCUCAAAGCUUGUGCCAACUUACGGGAUUUGUCACAGGCAAAGCUUGUCCAUGGACAAAUCUGUGAGAGCGGACUAGAAGGAGCGGACAUGGUCGGGAACACGAUCGUUGAUACGUAUGGAAAGUGUGGCAGUAUCGACGAUGCUCUAGCGGCUUUCGAGCGAAUUCCAGCCAAAGACAUCGUUUCCUGGAACGUCAUGCUAGCAUCUCUCAGCCAGAAUGGAAGCUCUGCCGAGGCAGUGAGCUUCUUCAUGAUCAUAUUGUCGAGCUCGGCCUGGAUAUUGACAUUGUCAUGGCAACCGCGCUGUUGA